AUGAAAUUCUCCUUAGCUUUAUUAUCCGUUGUCUCUGCAGCAGCAGCAGCUUACGUUCCUUCUGAACCAUGGUCUACUUUGACCCCAGAUGCAACUGCUCCAUCUUGUGCUCACACCGAAUACACUUCUUCCUUCGGUAUUGCUAUUGAAACCAUUACUACCGCAGUCAACAUCAAGGCAAAGAGAGAUUUAGCUGCUCAAAUCCAAGACGGUCAAGUCCAAAAGACCACUGGUUCUGAAACUGAGUCCGAUGUUACCUCCACCGAAUACAUCACUGAAACUAUCGGUUCAAGUACCGUUACUUUUGACUCCCCAUCAAUCUCCGCUUCUGCAGGUACUUUACCACCUGUCAUUGUUACCCAAAUUGGUGACGGUCAAAUCCAAGUUCCAAACCCAACUCCAGUUGUUCCAUCUAGUGCAUCUUCCCACUCUUCUUACUCCUUUAGAUCUAUUGAAUCUAAGACUGUUUCUUCUGCUACUGCAACCCCAUCUUCUUCUGAAUGUCCAAACGCUCCUGUUGCUAACAAGGCUACCUGUAAGACCAAGAACGACUUAGCUAUCACCUUAGAAAACGGUGUCUUAAAGGAUUCUCAUGACAGAAUUGGUUCUAUUGUUUCUAACAGACAAUUCCAAUUUGAUGGUCCAACUCCUCAAGCUGGUGCUAUUUAUGCUGCAGGUUGGUCUAUUAAGAACGGCCACUUAGUCUUAGGUGAUGACGAAAUCUUCUGGCAAUGUCUCUCUGGCGACUUCUACAACUUGUACGAUGAAGCCAUUGGAGCUCAAUGUACUCCAAUUCACUUAAAUGUUAUUGAUUUAGUUGACUGUUAA